GGGACCCGACAUCCUCCAGAUCAAAUGAUGACAUCAUUGCUUGUUAGGAUUUCGGUGACUAGAAGGUUCUAAUGGUGCACAUUGAAAAGCUUUGUUUAACUAAAAGGCAGGCUCAGGGAUGGACUGACCAUUUGAAAACUCGGGCACUGCCCGAGGGCCCAGGGUCAGUAGGGGGCCCCAUGAGAUGCCCUUGGUACCUUUUUCAUAGGCUUUUUUGAGUUUGGGCAAGGACACAGGGGCCCCAUGAUCCCCUAUUACCUGGGGGUCCCAU